AUGAGAUGCUUCUUUUGGAAUAUAAGAGGGGUAGGAAAUCCUAAGGCUAAAGGUCACCUGCGACUGUUGGUGAAGGAAUGCAACCCUGACGUUCUGUGUCUUGCAGAACCUAAGAUAAAGGCUGAAGAUUGCCCAAGAAGCUACUUCACGUCGAUGGAGAUGUGCGCGGAUGUUUUUACAAACCAUAAGGAUGAGGGGCUUCCAAACAUCUGGGUUUUAUGGAAAGCUGGUCUGAGCAAGCCAUUUGUGAUUCUUGAGUCCAACCAGCACCUCACUUUACAAGUGGCGGUGAAUGGGAUAAAAAGCUUCGUUAUGGUGGUGCAUGCGAGCUAUAUGAGAACGACAAGGAGACAGCUAUGGUGCGACCUAUCUUCUCUGGCAGGCAUGGCUUACCCCUGGUUAGUGAUAGGAGACUUUAAUUCAUACUUAUAUGCGAAUGAAAAGAGAGGCCCAGGGCGGUUCAAUAUGGGAUCGACAGAGGAAUUUGCAGCUAUGGUGGAAUCCUCAUCUCUCACGCCAAUCCCUUCGACGGGCAGCAAAUUUACAUGGUCUAAUAAUCGAAGGGUUGGUAAUGUGCAAGCGGUUCUGGACCGCAGUUUUUGCAAUGAUUUUUGGUGGCAGAAAUAUGCAGACAUAAUGCAGCGAGUACAAAUCAUGGAGAAGGUUACUGAAAUCAUAGAAAAGUUUAUCGAGUUGUUUGACAAACUUGGAUCAUGUAUGUCAGCCAACGAAUAUGCAAUGGAAGAAUCUUUAAGAGAGGUAAAGAGACUAAAGGAAGAGGUGGUAGCCAAUUCAAUUGAGUUGCUACCAAUUGAAGCAACAACAACAAUGCACUCAAAGCAGAUAAAGAAGAAGAAGAAGAAGAAGAAGAAGAAGAAGAAAGUGAAGUCCAAGCAAUGCAGAAUGGACACCACUCCCUUCAAAGUUUACACUUUAAAGCCACAAAAUCUGUAA